AGACAGUUCCUGGUGUAAACAACUAAAAGAUUAGCCUCCAAUCUUCAUGUGAAAAAGCCUUUUCCCUAAAAGGGUGACAGCCCUUUGUGAAGGCAAUAAUAAGAAGACUGAGCUCCUACUGCCACAAUUAUCAAACAGUCUUCGAUCCUGUGGUAUUCAAGGAGUCUUUGUUGAAUGGAUGAUCUCUGGAGGCGACAUGUGCGACAAUAACUUCAGGAUGCAGUUCAGCAGCAGCUUGGGAGAAGAGGUAUACAUCAAGGAAGAAAAGGACCUGCAUGCUGAUCAGGAGCCAUUUAGCAACAUGGGGUGUAAGGUCUUCAUCAAAGAAGAAAGUGACUUGUGCAUAAAGGAAGAGAAUCAGUAUUAUGAAGAAUGGUCGGAAAUUGAUCAACCUUAUCUUGCAACUGAUGAUGACUGCGUGAUUAAGAGUGAGGAGUUACCCAUUAUGGCCCCAAUAGCUGUUGAGGGUUUCUAUUGCCAUUUUUGUGGGGAAGGAUUUGUAACAGAAACAAGUCUGGCUGUCCACAUCCAAACACAUGUAGGGUUAAAAUUCUUUGGUUGUGAAGUGUGUGGUAAGAGAUUUGCAAUGAAAAGUCACCUGACAUUACAUGCAAAAGUACACACUAAAGAGAAACCUUAUUGCUGUGAGAUCUGCUCCCUAAGAUUUUUGCAGAAACGUGCACUCCUAUCACACAUGAGACUGCAUGCUGCAAUUAAAACUUUUACAUGUGAAGUGUGCAGUAAGACAUACCACCACAGAAGCCAUUUAGUCAGUCACAUGAGAGCACAUUCAGAUGAGAGACCAUUUAGCUGUGAGGUAUGUGACAAAAAGUUUUCACAGAAAGGUCAUCUAACUCGGCAUGCAGUAAUUCAUAAACCUGUAGGUAAUGGUGUUCAGAUGAAGGCAGUGAAUGGUCAUGUGCAGAUGAUAUCUGUGAAAAGUGAUGUGGAAUUGUUGUCUGUGAAGAGUGAUUUGCAGUUAUUAUCAGUGAAGAGUGAAAUUCCAAAUGAACUGUUGUCUUUAAAAGAGCAGAAAUCUUACACUUGUGAUGUUUGUAGCAAAAUCUUCUUACAGAAAGGAUGUUUGGUAAAGCAUAUGAGAGUACACACAGGAGAGAAACCUUUUAGUUGCGACGUUUGUAAUGAAAAAUUUUCUCGGAAAAGUACCCUGGUGAGACACAUUAGAAUUCACACAGGAGAGAAGCCCCAUUCCUGUGAAAUUUGUACAGAGAAAUUCUCAACAAAAUAUACACUAGUGCGGCACAGGAGAUGUCAUACAGGAGAAAAACCUCAUACUUGUGAGCUGUGUGGCAAGAAAUUUACAAACAAGAGUAAUUUAGUAAUUCAUAUGAGGGUACAUACUGGGGAGAGGCCAUACAGCUGUGAAGUGUGUCACGAAAGAUUCUCUCAGCGAAGUAGCUUGGUAAUGCACAUGAGAGGGCACACAGGAGAAAAACCAUAUAGUUGUGAGGUGUGCGGGGAGAGAUAUUCACAUAAAGGUAAUUUAGUAGUUCAUAUGAGGGUCCACACAGGGGAAAGACCAUACAGAUGUACAGUAUGUGGAGAGAAGUUCUCACAGAGAAGUAGUUUGAUGAUGCAUAUGAGAAUACAUAGAAGGGAAUAAGAAUUUGUUUGUGAUUAUUUAUGGUUGAUGGCUAGUCUAGUGCUUUUGGUCAGACCGAUAUACACUGGUGGAAGUCACUCAGACAACCUUAUCAUUAGAACUUAGGGAAUGUUGUUCAUAAGAAAAAAAAGAAAGCAAAGAAUUAGUGUUAGGGAAUUUUGGAUACUUGGAUAUAUCAGCGAUAUUAACAUUUUAAAGGGAAUGUCAUUAUUCAAGCUGAAAAAUCUUUAUUUCUCACCUAAAGAUUCAUCAGCCGUUUGAAAGCAACAUACCAGCUUCCCUCGCAGUAGGCCUAAUACCCCACAAGCCCAGAGGCCUAUGCCCCAAAUGGUUUGUAAUGCAUCUUGUUUUCUGUGCUAUUAUAAUAACAUUUAUAUUAUAUAGGUGAUCCACUAUCAGGUAUAUUGCUAGAAAUUUAGGUAUGCUUUGAUAUAUAAUAUUAUUCUAAGACACAUCAUUGUCAGUAUCAUAUUUAAUUUUGUUAUUGUUAUUUUUAAUAUAGUUUUAGUGUAUUCAUUAUCACAUAAUCAUUGUUGUCAGUGGUGCCAGUUUCAUACAUUGUAUUAUAUUACAGCUGUCACGAUGGGUAUCAUUUUGUACAUAAUUGACACUGGAUUUUAGAAUGUAUAUCUGCUUAUUUAAUUCGUGAAUUCUACAUGGAAAGCAGUGGUAGUUAGUAUGUUUACCAGAAACUCAAAACAUUGAAAGGAAUAACAAAAACAAACAUAGAUAUGCCAAAGACCUUUUUACUGUAUUACUUCUGCAGAAGAAGCACUAUAGCGAAUCGACCUGGUUAUUUGUGUAUUUUCUGUUAUUCUCCUCAUUGUUCUGUUACAUUAUGCCCAGCAUGAAUCCUUCAUGGGAACUCAAGCACUGUGUAAUAUAUGCAAAAGUUCUGCAGAUGAAAAUAUUUAUAUUUUGAAAAUAUGAAGGCGUUGACAGAGAGAUAGUAUUUGAUUGCGUGUAGAGGAAAAAUAAAGUUUAUUGAAGAUAUAA